GCUUUUCUUCCAACAUCUCUUUGCUGCAUUUGCGACGUUUGGCGCAUUGUGGGAUGCGAUUUGCAAGGUCGCGGAAUGACGUAGCGGUGAAUUCUUAGCGCGAUCGUCUAGGAACAAGGGUCUCGACCGCGGCUUCGACAUUGUGAUAGCCGCCACUGCGAGUGCCGAACCUUUGCCAACAACGCUACUCGCGUCGUUCCUCGUUGAAGACGCUUAGCUCAUUGUCCUCCUGUCAAAUCCACAGCUUAGUACCAAUGGCUGACAGACCAGCAACGCCACCGCGAGCCACUCGCUCAGCGGGCAAGCUGCCGCCAAAUCCCCCAACUCCAGAGCAGAUCAGGCGAAUAGAAGAAGCUCGACUCCGAGCAAAAGCACAAGCACAGCAAGCCCAAGCAUCCCGACCCUCUCCCGCGCCCGUCGCCGGCACGAAACGCACAUACUCGUCGAUAACCUCGUCGAUCACACCCACACAAUCCCGCAAUGCCAGCUCCGCACAAACAUCCGGGGGCUUCACCCAGCCGCCCUCGAACUCGUACAUCCACCAAAGCAAGAGCAAGGACAUUAAGCGCUCCGACUUCAUCGAUUACGACUUCAGCACCAUGACCGACACAAAAGGCGGUUUCCUCAGCACAACCGACGACCCGCACAACCGCGCGAUGUGGACGGGCAAGGGCCGCGAAGAGCAGAAACCCGAGGGCAUGACGCUUGCUGAAUGGGAGCGCGAGCAAGUCCGCAAGAAGCUACGAGAAGCCCGCGCCGGCCCCUACGAACCCGGAAUCUCAAUCCUGAACGCCGUCAACGGCAAAGACGAAGCAGAAGACGAGGAAGCCGCACUCGUCGAAGCCGCCGAGAACGCGGAGAUGGAAGCAGGGACAUACAAAGGCAAAUACGGCGACGGCAAAAAGGACGUUGCGGGCAAAUGCCGCGAAUGCAAUAGUCUGGAGAUAGAUUGGAAAUGGGCCGACACCUUCCAUGUCAGCGUAUGCUCGCGCUGCAAAGAGUUGUAUCCAGACAAGUACAGCUUGCUCACCAAGACGGAAGCGCGCGACGACUAUCUCCUCACCAACCCCGAACUCGCCGACGAAGAUCUCCUCCCACAUCUCGAGCGCCCAAACCCGCACAAAACCUCGUUCCACAACAUGCAGCUCUUCCUGCGCCUCCAAGUCGAAGCGUACGCCUUCAGUCCCAAAAAGUGGGGAUCUGCGGAGGCGCUGGACGAAGAGUACGGGAAGCGCACGAUAGUGUCGAAGCAGCGCAAGGAGAAGAAGUUCAAGAAUAAGCUCGAGGAUUUGAAGCGGAGGACGCGGGUGGAAGCGUACAAGAGAGCGAGGUUAGGGCAGGGGGAGGCGGAGUUUGGGCAGAAGAUCAAGGGACGGUAUGAUAAGCAUGAGCAUGAGUGGGGGAGAGGGGUGUUGCAUCCGGAGACGGGGAUGACGAGGAAGAGUUGUACGGAGUGUGGGAUGGAGGUUGAGGAGUUGGAGUUCUAGGUGUGGCGUGGCGGGUGGGUGAUGAUGGGAGAAGGUGAGAAGUUGAUAUGAUAUAUAUGAUACCCCUUGAGUCCUGCAUCCACGAUAUUGUUGGUUGGCAUUUGUGGGCAAGGCACGUGGGCAAGGCACGUGGGCAAGGCACGUGGGCAAGUGCUGCGUGGUGUGUGAA